UCCUACAACAAAAUGUGACCGGACCGUCUUGACGAGACGAGGAGAGAAUGACUCGUAGAAAAUUACAAGUCAGAGAAUGAGAAAAUUCCCAGUAAACGCCCACCUUCAAACGGCCAUUAGACUUCCCCGCGCUUCCCCUCAAACACGCGCCUUCUCUAUUCAAACAAACCCAUCUUUGUCCUCUCUUGAAAACACCAUCAAGCUCCUAAAAUCAUCGGCUGAUACUAAAAACUUGAAAUUCGGCAAAUCGAUUCACGCCCUUUUGAUCAUAACUAAUCAAGCCACUCCAUGCCAUGUAAUCCAAACGAAUUCCUUGAUCAAUCUCUACUCAAAGUGUGGCCAAAUGAAAGUCGCUCGCCAACUGUUUGAUGAAAUGCACGAGAGAAACGUAGUUUCAUGGGGUGCCUUGAUGGCGGGUUAUUUACAAAAUGGGUUUCCUUUGGAAGUUCUUAAUUUGUUCAGAAACAUGACAUUGGCGGAUUGUUUUCGCCCGAAUGAGUAUAUAUUAGCAACGGUUCUUUCUUCAUGUGCUGAUUGUGGGUCGAGCGUAGAGGGCCGCCAGUGUCAUGGGUAUGCGCUGAAGUAUGGAUUGGUGUUUCAUCAGUACGUUAAGAAUGCGCUUCUGUACAUGUAUGCGAUGUGUUCGGACGUGGAGGCGGCUUUGGGAGUUUUGAACUCGGUUUCUGGGUCAGAUGGUUUUACUUAUAAUUCGGUUUUGAAAGUUCUUGUGGGGAAUGGGUACUUGAGUGAAGCAUUAGAAGUUUUCGGUAGGAUGGUGAAACAGUGUGUGAAGUGGGACAGUUUCACGUAUAAUAGUCUUUUUGGCCUUUGCGCAGCUCUCAGGGAUAUGAAACUCGGUUUGCAAGUUCACAACCGGAUUUUGAAGGCCAAUAUUGAGGUUGAUGAGUUUAUUGGUAGUGCAGUUAUAGACAUGUAUGGAAAAUGUGGUGAGAUUUCAACUGCAAGGAAUGUUUUUGACGGGAUGCAGACUAGAAAUGUGGUCUCAUGGACAGCAAUGUUGGCCUCUUACUUUCAAAACGGAUGCUUUGAGGAAGCGUUGAAACUAUUCUCUUAUAUGGAACAUGAAGGUGUUAUGCCAAAUGAGUUUACAUUUGCUGUACUGCUGAACUCUUGUGCUAGUUUGUCUGCACUUGGACAUGGGAAUUCAGUCCACACACGUGCGGUGAAGUCAGGAUUCAAGCAUCAUGUUAUUGUGGGGAAUUCUCUUAUCAACCUUUAUAUAAAGGGUGGGAACAUUGAAGCUGCAAAUAAAGUGUUUACUGAUAUGGUGUAUAGAGACACUACGACUUGGAACGCGAUAAUAUCGGGAUACACUCAUUAUGGUCUUGGUAAAGAAGCUUUGAUAGUUUUCCAAGAUAUGCUAGCUGUCGAAAAGCCUCCUAACUAUGUAACUUUUGUUGGAGUUCUCUCUGCUUGUGCACACUUGGGUUUGGUAAGAGAAGGGUUCUACUAUUUGAACCAAUUAAUGUACGAAAUGGGGAUUCAACCUGGAUUGGAGCACUAUACCUGUAUUGUUGGGCUCCUUUGCAGAGCUGGUCUAGUUGAGCAAGCUGAAAAUUACAUGAGGACUACACCGGUCAAAUGGGAUGUCAUCGCCUUGCGUACUUUGGUCAAUGCUUGUUAUGUCCAAGGAAAUUAUCGAUUAGGGAAGCAAGUGGCCGAAACUGUCUUGGAUAUGGACCCUGAUGACGUGGGAACUUAUUUGCUGUUGUCUAAAAUGCAUGCCAAGGCGAAUAGAUGGGAUGGAGUUGCCAGGAUUCGUAAGCUAAUGAGAGAGAAGAUUUUGAAGAAAGAGCCUGGCAUUAGCUGGAUAGAGAUAAGAAAUCAUACUCACGUCUUUGUCGACAAUAAAAGCCCAGAAUUCAGUCAGAUUUAUGAGAAGGUAAGAGAACUUUUGGCCAAGAUUGAACCGCUGGGCUAUGUGCCAGACGUUGCUACUGUAGUGCAUGACGUGGAGGAGCAGAAGGAGGAUUUUAUAAGCUACCAUAGUGAAAAGCUGGCCAUAGCAUAUGGGAUUAUGAAAACACCACCAGAAGCAACAAUCCGCGUCAUGAAGAACCAAAGGAUGUGUGAUGACUGCCACUCAGCUGUGAGGCUUAUAUCAAAGGUUGCAAACAGGAUGAUAAUUGUGAAAGAUGUCAACCAUUUUCAUCGCUUUCAGGAUGGUUUCUGUUCCUGUGGAGAUUGUUGGUGAUGAUAUCUAAUGGGUAUGUUUUGUCAUCUAAUGGCAGUGGCAACAUAUGGAAAUCAGAGGUGAGACACACCUAACAAAGCCUAAACCAAGGCUCAGCAACAUAAGCUGCAUAUAGAUAAAAGUUAAAACAAAGGACUAUUCUGAGCUUUCCAUCUUUGAGUUCUUCAAUAUUUCAAUUCUACCUUUCCCGUCUAAGGACGAGGGACAACUAACAAUAACCGACACAGAAUUAACAGGAUAACAUUGAGUUUUGCCCAGUCCUGCUGCUAGGCUCUGUUAUAUUGUCAUAAUGGUCCAUUUGUCUUCCUCUUUUGCUCACAAAACAGUGGUCAAGAUCAAGCUUACUCUAAUGAAGCGAAAAUUGAUGGCAACCAACCUUGUUGCUUCCUAGCAGGUCGAUAGAAGUUCAUAUGUACAGAAUCAGUUCCUAGAGGAAACGGAUCCAAUCUAUCUCCCGAUUCCAAAGUGCUCGCUUUUUAUGUAUUUUACCACUUUUGCUUUGUAGUUUCUCAUUGUACGAAGAGCUAACUGGAAAAUUGUAUGUGCUCCUGAUUAGUGAUUAGCAUCCCUUCAACUGUCAAUAAAAUUUAUUCCUCUUCUGUGCAGUGUCUUUUGGGAACGAUUAUACAGUUUGCUGGAUUGUCU